AUGCGAUUCAUUUUGUCUCUAAUUGCUCUCGUCGUGAGCAUCACCACAAUCAACGCGGGAGCAAUUCAUUUCGAAAUCGAUUUCAAUGGUUUGAAAUGUCCAAAAUAUUCAAGAGAAUCGGCAACGCACUUCAAGGUGCUUCGCGCUCGCAUCCUCUACACGAAUGAUAAGGGAAAAAUUAUUGGAAACGCCGUGUGCAAAGCGGAAUCGUCGAGUUGUCCGAUGGUCGGCCAACAAUCGAAAAAUGUCUAUGUGUCAAUCGCGGUGAAACCACUUCACAAGUCGUUGUACACCGACGACGUCGAUUAUCAAUACGAUGAUAAACUGUUUGGAUUGAUGGAGCUUCGUAAAAAGCACGGAGCCGGCUAUUUCCUGAUGCCCUAUGAAUCGCAGCUCUACGUCAACCGAGUGCGAAUAAUUGAUGAUAAUGGUGAUCGCGAAAUGACGUCGAAAUGCACGGAGCCGAUCGACUCACAAACGCUCAUCUUUGAUCACGGCUUCUUCAUCACACAGUUUGAUUCGUCGAAAUCGAUCAAAUGGGAGAAUAUGUACUUUGAUCCGCCGACGGUCGGAAAAACGAUUGUGUUUGAGGAUCGCUAUUUGAACGAAGCAUAA